GGUAAUAUACAUAUUUGUUGUUUUUCAACAGAACUUGACGAUAAUAAAAUUUUUUGAGUGUAAGUUCUUAACGAAAAUCUCGAAUCUUUCGAGUUGCUCAAGUUUAAAGGAAUUGGAUAUUAGGGAUUGUGAAAAUUUAGUCAAAGUUCAUGAUUCUAUUGGAUUCCUGGAUAAGCUUGCUCGUUUGCGUCUUCAUCAAUGCUCCAACUUGAAGAGUUUUCCAAGGCGUCUCAAGUUGAGAUCUCUAGAAGUCCUUGCACUUCGUAAUUGCUCAAAACUUCAAACCUUUCCAGAAAUCGAGUGUAAAAUGGAAUAUUUAUGUUGCAUCUCAUUAUUCGACACUCCAAUAAAAGAAUUGCCUUCAUCCAUUGGAUACCUCACUCCUGCGCUUAAAGAGUUACUUUUGGGGCCAUGCACAAAACUUAUGUGUCUCCCUAGUAGCAUUCAUCAGUUGCAAAAUCUAAAGGUGAUUUGUCUCAGUGUCUGCAAGGACCUGAUGCGUCUCCCAAUCAGCGUUUCUCACUUGCAACAUCUAAAGAGUCUUUCUAUAGAAAAUUUUACAAAUCUUGCAAAAGAAGAAAUAGGUUUAUCCUUUGGGAACACCAGUGGGCUUGAACAUUCACAAAUAACAUUAUCCAGAACGAUUAGGAGGUCUGAACCAGAAUCAAGUGCUGAAAUACGACGAGAACUCUUGUCGUCGCUUUAUUGGUAUCUUGACGACUUCUCAUUUUAUAGCUCAUCCACUUUGCAAGAGUUUGAUCUAUCUUGGAGUGCAGUUGUCAGCCUUCCUCGGAGAAUGAAAAUAUAUGUUGAAUUGAGGAUUCUCAGAUUGUGCCAUUGUGAGAAACUUCAAGAAAUUCUACAUCUUCCACCAAAUAUACAAGAGCUAUAUGUCAGAGAGUGUUUCUCCUUGGAACGAUUCCCAGAAGUAUCAACAAAAUUUCAAUUCUCUACAUCCUGUGGCUUGCGAGAGCUAAGAUGGAUUGACUUGUUCGGUUGCCAUAAAUUGGUUGCAAAUAUAGGGAGUCAGGUGCCAAAACCUUCAUUUGUUGAGAAACAUAUUCAGGACCAUUCAUGUGGUAUUAUAUUUCCGGGGAAUAAGAUUCAAGAUUGGUUUAGCCAUACUAAGGAGAUUUCAAAUGGUGAUGAUUCUUGUGAAUUGGAUAUUAGUGGUCCCUUGUAUUUGGAAGAAAUCAUAGGUAUUGUUUUUUGUGCUAUUCUUGGAUCUGACCCGGAUUACCACUUGGAGCCCUUCUCCGGUAUUUGUGUUUCUAUAAAUGGUAACAUGCUUGUAGAAGCGAGGUUUUACUUAUAUGGAGGCUCGGAUCAUGUAUAUCUAAAUUACUCGUUUCCAGAAUGUAUCGAGCAAUUGCUGCGGUACCCAACAGGAGACAAUCUGAGGUUUAGAUUUUAUUGUGAUUCUUAUAAAGUGAUGUUUAAAAGUUGCGGAGUUCACAUAAUCUAUAAGCGUGAAGAGAUUGAGAAUUUAACAGUUGGGGAGUGCUCAGUAGAUUCAUCGAAUGGUAUCCAGCUUUCUAAGAGACGUCGAGAUGAUGAAGAUAGCAACUUGGAAUUCAAUGGGUACCCACAGCACAAGAAACGCUCUCAAGACUUGGGCAAUUCAAAUGCAACAUAGUUAGGCUUGCCACAAUCGUAUUCUUGCCAGCCAUCUCACGCACAAAUCACACCAUCUUCUUACUUCGAUUGGAGUGACUUCCUCAGCGAACUUGUUCCCUGUCCGGGCUUUUAGAAACAACAAGAUCUCUACUUCAAGAGAGUCUCGUCUUCAACCAAUUACCCGUCAACUCUCGAGCAAAUACCCCAGUUAAACUAUGAUACUUGGAAUUAUAAUGGCCUAAAUUGAGUUGGACAUGAGGGUGGUUUUGAGACAUUUGAUUUUGGAUCCACAAGUGGAGCUCAAACAAGCAACAGGUCAGAAGCUUCAUCAUCUGUGAGUUCAUUUGUGGAGGCUAUUCGGGAACAGGACAGUGAGAUGCCAGCAGAAUUUCCAGAUAUUUUAGAUGCAUCUUUUGUUUACUAGGUACUAUAAUAUGGUUCUGUUACACGAGUAGAAAAUAAUAAUUGCAGAAUUCAUAGUUUCAAUGGGUGGUUUCUCGAGUCUCGUUUGGAAAUCCUAUUGCCUCUUUCUUCGCAUCAGUUCUCCAAGAACGAUCAACGUGCAGUUAUGUUUGUUUUGGCCUCUCUUCUGUUUUAGUAGACUUGUUAAUGGAAUGAUGAGUUUUUCGGUCGAGAUGUCAAAGCUCUGUAGGUGAUUUCUACUUCUCAGUCGGCUGACGGAGUUGAAUUUGAGAACUCCCUAACCCCCAUCGCAGCUCUGUUUUCCACUUUUUCUCUUCUACUCCGUCGCCAUGACAAAGCAAGGUCCGUUCUCUCUUUAGUCAUCGCAAUUUGAUUAUUCUGCUCCGCAAAUUCUAUUUAUAUUGCUUCGCUCUUUCGUCAGAGCUCUCUGAUUUUGUACAAUACUUCUGUUGGAUAUCGAUAUUUUAUUAUUGGAGAUCCGUUUGGUUUGGAGAGAGUUUAUUAUUUUUUUAGUGAGGUCACCGAUUGUGUUUAGGACUUGUAAUUGCCUCACAGUUGAUCGUAUAAACUUUAAUUGAAUCUUGGAAUUCGUUCUUAGACGGACUUCCAAGUAUUGCUAUUUGAUCGUUUCCUUAAUGAUGAUCUUGAACAAAAUGCAAACACUUCUUAGGAGUCCAGACCUGGAUAGAUUCUCUAUUCUUGUCUGUAUAGACUAGUAUUUCUCUUUUAUUUCCUGUGAAUAGAUAAAAGAUGGGUUUGGUGAAGGAAAGUACCUAGUGCUGAGCGUUAUGUCUGCAAUGGGGGAGGAGCAGAUCUGUGCCCUUAAGGACAUUGGCCCAAAAAACUAAAUAUGAUGCUGUAGCAGUAGCUAUGGCUGAUUUCAAAAGAAGCCCUUGCUUUUAGAUCUGAGAGGGAAGUUAUCUACUGGUGUUGCAAUAAGUUUCUAUUAGAUGCAAUCUAGUAUUGUAAAAAAA